AGGUUCCACAGCACCUGACCCACCCACCCACCAGCAAAACACCAGCAACACCACCACCCCAGGGUGUUUGUCCUGAGAGCUGGGAGCAGACGGGGAGAGACGCUAGUGAAGCCAGGGCUUACGGAGGAGGUGCCGGCUGGGACAAAAGGAUAGCAGGGGAGGACGCAGAACAAGGGCACACGGAGCAGGAGGAGAAACCAGACAGCCAGCAGGAGUUGUUAGCAGGAGGAGUGUUGACGUUUAACCGAAGAUGAGUACGUACACAGUGACUCUGAAUGGCCCGGCUCCAUGGGGCUUCAGACUACAGGGAGGAAAGGACUUCAACAUGCCACUCACCAUCUCCAGGAUAACUCCAGGCAGCAAGGCAUCGGGCGGCAGCCUGGCCCAGGGCGACUUCAUCUCAGCCAUUGAUGGGGUCAGCACUGAUGGGAUGACGCACCUGGAGGCCCAGAACAAGAUCAAGUCUGCCACCACCAAACUGUCACUCACCAUGCAUAAAUCGAGACGCCCCGCACCAGUUCCCACAGCAACUCCAAGAAUGGACUCACCCAUGCCAGUCAUCCCCCACCAGAAGGUUAUCGCAAACACAGCUGCAAAUGUGGAGUACACCCCCAGCUUCAACCCCAUAGCUCUGAAAGAUUCGGCCCUGUCCACCCACAAGCCCAUUGAGGUGAGGGGUCCAGGGGGAAAGGCCACCAUUGUUCACGCCCAGUACAACACACCAAUCAGCAUGUACUCACAGGACGCCAUCAUGGAUGCCAUUGCAGGGCAGUCACAGGCCAAGGGACAUGACAGUGAGGAGGCGGGCUCCCCCUUGGCUGGAGUUCUGCCUGUCAAGGACCCGGUGGUAGACUGUGCGUCUCCGGUGUACCAGGCAGUGAUCAGGCCAGGAGAGAUAAACCAGGACAUGUCUGAAUGGGCUCGUCGUGCUGCAAACCUGCAGUCCAAGAGCUUCAGAAUCCUGGCCCACAUCACUGGCACUGAAUACAUGCAAGACCCAGAUGAGGAAGCCCUGCAGAGGUCGAGAGAGAAGUUUGAGUCAGAGAUGAAAGGGCCCCGCUUUGCCAAGCUGAAGAACUGGCACCACGGCUUGUCUGCACAGAUCCUAAACAUCCAGGAAUAAAGAGGGGCAUCAGAGCGAAAAGAGAGAGAGAGAGAGAGAGAGAGAGAGACAGAGAGGAGGAGGACAUGUAAUGGAGGACAUGGACAAAAGCACAGGAGUUAAGAGGAAGAGGGGAUAAAUUAUGGAGAAAAAAAGGAGCAGGAGGAGGAGGAAACUCCUCAGCGAUGUGAGAUAGUGUUGUAGACUUGUAGAUUAGUAGAAUGUGAGAUACUAACUGUUAGUGUUUGAAUGCUAUGUGUUCAUAAGAUCAAUAUUACCUGUCAAAUGUAUCUGUCCACUGCUAAGACCUGACUGCAUUUGGGUUUUUCUUUCUUUCUCUGUUUCCUGUCUGUUUGUGUUCUGUCUCUCUUAAACGAAAGGGAAAUUGUACAAAAAAUAAUAAGUAUUCAAGUGAAAAUGCAGAACUGAUGAUGUUUCUUUUAUGCCCCCAGUACAUAAACCACAAACACAAACUUAUGAAUUUAAACACUAUCGGCAUGCUUGUGAGGAAGGACACAAGGACGAAUACACACAUAGAGAUUUAUCUACAUGCACAAAUAAAGUAUGUAAAAAAAAAAAAAAAAAAAUGCACUCAAAAAA